ACACUUGUGUGCGUUUGUCUCCUACCUUGUUGUGCGCGUCAGUGUGGCGGAUUACAUUCCGCAGCAAAGUCUUCCCCAGAGUUUGCUUCGACAUGAUGACGACCUGACGUGUACAAAUGCCUGUGUGGAACGUGGAGAUCCAUUCAGUCUGGCUCAUUCCCCUCCCUGCGUGGCUGUCAUGGUCCUGACCGAGAAAAAGGGCAUCACCCGGACACAGGGUUCAGGUUGACAGCAUCGCACACGCUCCAGAAUGGGGGCCAAACAGAUGAAAUGCCUCAGCUCAGCUAGCCCUGUGCGCUCCCCCAAAGAGGAGUAUGCUGUCACCCGUCCCAGCGAUACACAUGGAGACGAAACCAUCCGCGAUCAGCCCGAAGAGCAGCGGGGAGGACCAGGCCACGAGGAACCAGAGCUGACACACAAGAACCUGGCAGAGGAGACGUCUCUCUGUGGGCUGUGCCCCUCCCUUGCUCAUGAAGUGCGAGAGGAAGCCAAGUCCUGGGAGGAGCAGCUGGACAUCCACCAGGAGCAACUGGAGAAGGAAAUGCACGAGGCCAGGAGGAUGGUGUUCUGCCUUCAGGCUUUGCUCCUCGACGGCUCUCUCCCAGAGGAUGACCAGGGUGGAUCUGUGAGCUUGGGAGACAACCGGGCUAAUGGCGAGCAGCAGCUGGUUCUCACACGCAGCCGCCUGGACCAAAGCAUGGAGGAGGCCCUUGAUCUCAAGAGGGAACUUCUCAGACACAAACAGGAUGUGCGCCACAUUCAAGCCAUCAAGGAUGCCCUGCAACAGCGGCUGUCCAUGCAAGAGGACGCCGUGCUGCAGCUAAAGCAGGAGCUACUGAGGAGCAACAUGGCCAAAGAGCAGUUGGAAGGAGAAAAUGCGGUGCUCAAAGACAAGCUGAGCGAACGCAACAAAUUGCUGUAUGAAUAUGAGCAGCAACUCGGGAGGAAGGACAGAAUGCUGCAGCAGCUAAGGCAUGACGAGGCUCAGCACAAAGCACAUGACGGUGGCCACAACCGGAGCGAUGAGCUGCAGCUGGUGAGGGAAGCCCUGCGAAGUUUGAGGGACAACUUUUCCGGCCACGAUCCGCAGCAUCACACCCUGGACACCCUGGAGCAAGGCGUUUCCAGCCUCAUGGACCGCCUGCACUCGUCAGACGCCCAACGACGACAGAACAGAGGGGAGGAAUUUAAAUCGCCUCACCGCAGAGCCAACUCUUCAGACCGAGACUCGUGGCCACAGGGCUCAAAAAUGGCACACUCUCACAGCAGCCCAGGGUUGGAUGCUGCCGUGUCUACAAAAGUGCUCUACUUCACCGAUCGCUCCCUCACCCCUUUCCUCAUUAACAUUCCCAAAAGGCUGGGCGAGGUGACGCUUCGAGACUUCAAGGCCGCCGUGGACCGACAAGGGAGCUUCAGAUACCACUUCAAAGCUCUUGACCCGGAGUUUGGCACCGUGAAAGAGGAGGUAUUUCAAGAUGGAGCGGUGGUUCCAGGCUGGGAAGGGAAGAUUGUCGCAUGGGUGGAGGAGGACCAUGUGGAGAGGAGGUAGAACCCCCCACUCCAAAGAUACAACGAGUUAUGUUCACUGGAGCAGAACUUGAUUGAAAACACUUGGGACCAAUGGAUUGAAAUAAAGCGUGGGAAGACACUGUUUACACCUCAUAAAUGUGGAAAUGAAAUCAGUUAAUCUGUCAGUAACAGUUCCUAGUCAAUAAAUUGUAAAUAACUAUAGUAUCGUAUGGAUGGAAGAACGGAUGCUCACUGCCACUCUCCCACAAGUUCCAGAUUGCCAAAUAGUAGAUGUUUUGUCACUGUUUCACGCUCACGCAGCGUUUUAAUAAACAUUAAUUAUCGUAUGGAUUAUUUUGCUGUCAAUUAUUCCAGAGAUUGACGGUAAUGGUUGCCCCCAGCAGCAUCAGCAGCAGCUCUUAGGCAUUCCACCUCCACUCCAUUAACAAACAAAGACCGCUAAUUGCUUAAUAGGGAGGCACAUAUGCAGCAACAACUCAGCCCACACAGCAAGGCCACAAGAACAUUUUAGGUGUGAAAAGCAAUCUGCCCUUAAGAAUUUCAGGUUUGCUAUUUAUUGGAUUUUGUUUACUACAUUCUAUUGUCUCCCAUGAGGAGAACACAGGAGAUAAAAUUUGUGUGUAGAACACAAUUCACAGUUUAGGAUAAUGUAAACAUUUUGUUUGAUUUUAACCAUCAUUGAAGCUCAAACAAAGCCAAAUUCUGCCACAAUAAAUGAGAAUACAGACAGUGUAAAACCGGAUUUACUAAGCUCCUGAAUAGUAGCCACAAAACUGUAUCUUCACUCAUUUUAACAGAUUGCAUGCACUGUUGGCAACAGAUGUAAAAGUGUUGGAGGCUGCCAUAUUCAAACGAGGGUUUUGCACUUUAAGUGUCACUGAUCCAAAAUUUGGGCACUGUAAAAACACAAAAUGAACUUGCAAGUGAUGGCAUUGGAAGUGUUAGUGGAAAAGGCAAACAAACAUCGUGGAUAAGGCAAAGAAACAUAUUCCUCCAGGAUUUUUAUGUGCAAGUUUUUUUUUAAAAUAAAGUUGAUUCCAAGACGGGUUUAAAAAAAAUACAAAUACAUGUUUGUUUGGGGGGUCUUUUAGCGUAAAGGUUUUAUUGCUGUGUGUGUGUGUGUAUGAAUGCAGUGACCUUUCUCAGCCCUCGCUUAAGCUUAAAACCCAAAUAAAAUCGAGAGUUGCAUGAUAGACCAUACAGAUAAGAAUCUAUGGGUUAAAUAAUUUUGAAGAAGGUUUUGUUAGAUUUAAUUUAAGGUCGACUGUGGAGCAAUUGGAUAUAUGUCCAUCCUGCGUAAAUCUGUGCUUGAAAUUUAGGAAAGCCAUGUUGGGGAAAAAAAAAAACACUGAAGAUGUAUAAAUCCCAUUGUAUGUACUAAAUUAAUGUGUUUGCAUUCACACUCCCCAGAAAAAGGAACAGCGUGGUAAUUUCGCCCAUUUGCCAAAUGUAAUCUGAGUACCUGGCGAGCUGAUCAGCUUCCUCAUUUGUUUGCAAGAGCAAUCAAGUGUGCAACGAUUCUAGUAACCAUUUGUAAAUCAGGCUCUGUGUAAAAAGGGGCAUGAGCAGGUUGCCAAACACAAAUAGUCCCCAGUGCCACUGUGUCAGCAAAUCCACAAUCAAGUAUACGGCGCUUAGCAAGCACUAGCGCAAAUAUGUGGAUCCAAUAAAACUUAAUAUAACGCUAC